AUGUACAUCCGAAAAGACCACGCAGAGACAGACCUUCGUGUCCUGCGACGUCUCGUUCGGGAGAACCCUCUCGGGCUUCUUACUACCGUCAUCUCAUCGCCUUCAGGAUCUUACCCCCUUGCCCAAGCCAGCCAUAUUCCGUGGGUUCUGGAUAUUCAAAAUGAAGAGAGUGAGACCGAGCUUGGAAUUUUGAGAGGUCACCUUGCGAGACAAAACCCCCAAAGUCAGGCCAUUAUCGAAGAAGCUACCACCAAGAACACACAAGUCCUUCAGAACGAUGUACUUGUUAUCUUCCAGUCCCCAGUUCAUCAUUACAUCCCUCCCCAGUUUCUGGUCGAGACGAAGCCUACCACCACAAAGGUCGUCCCCACUUGGAAUUAUGCUGCCGUUCAGAUAUACGGCAAGGCCAAAGUAUAUGUGGAUUCUAAGCCGGUCGAGACGUCCGAGUACUUGACCUCACAGAUUAAUGCUCUUACUCGUCACACGGAGGUCAACCUCAUGGGCUUCGAUGGCAAGGAUGGCAACCAUGAACCUUGGAAGGUGACGGAUGCGCCGGAGAGAUACAUCGAGCUCAUGAAAAAGGCAAUUAUCGGUAUUGAAAUCGAGAUUGAGCGCUUUGAGGGCAAGUUCAAGAUGAGUCAAGAAGAAACUCGGGGUGACAGCGAUGGAGUGAUUGCAGGAUUUCGGGGACUUGGAACUGAGACAGGACAGAGGGUAGCUGAUCUUGUCGAAGAGAGGCGGGAGAUCAAGGAGAAGGCGAAGGCAGCUCAGGUACAGAAGAGCACCCUCUAA